ACAGGAAGAAAAAAAAUGCUCCGCCGAAGAAAAAGAAAAGAAGAAUAAUAUUCAGAAGAGGAAUCAAUGUCUUGCUCGGUAGCGAUCGCAAGUUCGCCGGUGUUCUCCCCGUCUCCGAUCUCGAUAGCGUGUAAGGGAUCGCCGGAAACUCUAAUCUUGAAUCCGAGCUCGCCCUCCGCGUCGCCCUGCUCCCGCUCAGCAUCUUCCCCUUUCCGGUUCCGAUUCCAGAGAGCCACCAUCUCGCUGCGGGCUGCUAGCGGCGGGUUCGGAGGCGCGGCAUCUCCAUCCGGGGUAGCUGUCGAUCUGUCUCCGUCACCGCCGCCGUUGGGAUCGAGCGGCUCCCGUUCCGUCUUGAAGAGGAAGCGGCCUGCGCGGAUUGAUAUUCCUUUGGCCGAGGCGUCUCCUUUCGAGACAGAGGAAGUGGAUGGCCGGAGGGAGGUGCAGGCAGAGAGUGCGAGGUAUUCAGUGUAUUGCAAGAGGGGGAGGAAGCGGUUGGAGAUGGAAGAUCGGCACAAGGUGUCGUUGGACCUCAAUGGGAAUCCCAAACUGGCUUUCUUUGGCAUUUUUGACGGACAUGGAGGCAAGAAAGCUUCUGAGUUCGCUGCGGAGAACAUGGGCGAGUUCAUAGCAGAGGAAAUGUCGACAUCCACAAGAGCAGACUCCUGCAGCAUCGAAGAAAUCAUCAGAACUGGAUACUUAAAAACCGAUGCCGAGUUCUUAAAGAAGGCAGUCAAUGGAGGCGCUUGCUGCGUCACUGCCUUAGUUACAGACGGCGAUCUCGUCGUCUCCAAUGCCGGCGAUUGCCGCGCUGUCUUAAGCCGAGCUGGUAAAGCAGAAGCCCUUACCUCCGACCACAAGCCCUCUCGUGAAGAUGAAAGAGAGAGAAUCGAGAGCCUCGGUGGCUAUGUCGAUUACUGCCGAGGAACAUGGAGAUUACAGGGCUCCCUCGCGAUAUCUAGAGGGAUCGGAGAUGCACAUCUCAAAGAAUGGGUGAUUCCGGUGCCGGAGACUAAAGUCGUCAACAUCGAACCUGAAUGCGAGUUCUUAAUCCUCGCAUCUGAUGGACUGUGGGACAAGGUCGGCAAUCAGGAAGCAGUAGAUCUUGCUCGGCCACUGUGCGUUCAUGCGGAGAACGCAUCGACGCUGUCUGCGUGUAAACAGCUCGUGGAAUUAUCUGCCGCGCGAGGCUCGCUGGAUGAUAUAAGCGUGAUGAUAGUGAAGCUGCAGCAUUUUGUUCGAAGGUGAUUGCUGAGUUGGCAAAGGCAUUAGAUUUUGUUGUUACCGCAAGUAGAAUUUUUAUGGACUUGCGGCUGUCUAGAUUCUCUCUGAUUUGUAUUUAGAUUCUUGCUUCUCUUCUCUGAAAGUUGCAAGCCAAUAAUAAAUCUAUUGAAUUUUGAGGAACUUUGGAAAGCAAUAAGAACAGUGUACUUGGUCAUGGAUUAUAAAUGAAAAUUCUUGCCUUUUUAUCAA